AUGUCCAACUUCAAAGUGAGGGUUCUUUAUGAUUUCCAAGGGGAGCCUGGGACGGCGGAAAUGUCUGUUACCGCAGGGGAUGUUCUGACUGUUACUAGGACGGAUGUUGGCGAAGGAUGGUGGGAAGGACUUAGCCCCAAAGGCCAAUCAGGUCUAUUUCCAGAAGCCUACGUUGAAAAAAUCGAAUCCGGUCCGCCCAGUAUACCUCCUCCGGCUUUACCAUGGAGCUUGCCAGGAACAGAAAAAGCCCAACAAGAACCUGACAAAGGUUCCGAUGACGGAUGGGACGAUUCCGAUUUUGAAGAAAAUACUUACGAGGUUCCACCCUAUCAUGGCAACAACGAUAAUUCAACUGCUCAAACUCGUAACGAAAUCUAUCAAGGAUAUCCAGCAUCAGAACAAAAUCACAAUUAUCAACAAUAUGCCAGGCAGAGUACUCAAAGUGAUACUGUGUCUUUGAGUGGCAGUACUAUGGGUGAUGGUAAAGGAACAAUUGCAAAGAAAAGUUUAAAUAUUUUUUCAAGUGCUGUCAGAAGUGGACUAGAAGGAUAUAUUUUAGGUCUAACCAAAGAUUUCUCGAGUACUGCCUCGAAACGGAUUCACAUAUACCGAGAAGGAGACGAACAAUUAGGCCGUUGGGAGAACAUUUCGAAUCCUUACACAGUCCAAAUAGCUUCGCCAAAGAAAGCCACGAAAAUGGGAGGCCUCAAAUCGUUUAUAGCCUACCAAUUGACACCGUCGUUCACCAACAUAGAGGUGUCCAGAAGAUACAAGCAUUUUGAUUGGUUACACGAUCGGUUAACGGAAAAAUUUAAUUUGAUUGCCAUACCACCUUUGCCAGAUAAACAGGUUUCUGGAAGAUAUGAUGAAGGUUUUAUAGAACAACGAAGAGCACUGUUGCAAGAAUUCAUCAACUAUAUGUGUAGGCAUCCAGUGUUGUCAACUUGCGACGUUUGGAUACACUUUUUAACAUGCACAGACGAAAAGCAAUGGAAACAAGGCAAACGUAAUGCGGAAAAAGACCAACUGAUAGGUGCCAGUUUUUGUUUAAGCGUAGACGCACCCGAAAAAGAACUAAUGCCUUCCCUGGUCGAUGUUAAAAUAGACGAAAAUAUCAAAUACAUAGACAAAAUGGAUCAGUGUAUUAAAAAUUUGAUGAGCACUUCUCAAGAUCAGCAGAAAAAGUGUAUUAAUAUGUAUAAGAGGGAAUUUUCAAGAGUGGGUGCCGCUUUUCUUGCAUUGGGUAGCGCGUUCGAGUAUAAUCAACAAGGAAUGUUUACUAAAGCAUCACUUGACGUCAAAAAUAUCGGAUCAACGUUCACAAUAAUAGGAAAGCUCUACGAGGACCAAGCCAAAAUCGACUGGGAACCUCUAACACAAAAACUCUACAUCUACAAAGGCAUAACUUCUAGUUUACCGAACAUACUGCAAAUGCAAAAAAUGGCCGAACAAAAAAAGAAAGAUUGCGAACGUAAUAAUCAAGUGCCGCAGUUGGCUUUGACGGACGUCAGAAGACGAUCGGACGUCAUCACUUACACGGUGUUUGCGGAAUUGGAGCAUUUCCAACAGGAAAGGGAUCACGAUCUAAAGUUGGCGCUUAAGGAAUUUUUACAAGAGCAAUUGAAUUUUUAUAGGAAUGUUGUAUCAAAAUUGGAAAAUACUUUAAAUAAUUAUGAGUAA